AUGUACAACUGCUACUACAUCGCUCAUGGAGGCGACGACGAGCACCGGUCUUCAGUGACGCUCGAGCCGAGACGCGCGACCGUGUCCGUGCCACUAGUGCACCGGCAUGGUCCGCGCGGCCCGUCACGAAACUCCGACAAGCCGUCCUUCACCGAGAGACUCCGCCGAAGCCACGCCCGCGCGAACUACAUGAUGAGCAGAGCGUCCCAUGUCAUGGUGAGCGCGCGAGAAGACGAUGCCAACGUGAGCAUCCCGACCCACCUGGGCGGCUCCGUGGACUCCCUGGAGUACGUGGUCACCGUGGGCUUGGGCACGCCGGCCGUGCCGCAGGUCCUCCUCAUGGACACCGGCAGCGACGUGUCGUGGGUGCAGUGCGCGCCGUGCAACUCCACGCGGUGCUACCCGCAGAACGACCCCCUGUUAGACUCGACCAAGUCCUCCACGUACGCCCCCAUCGCGUGCGACACCGGCGCGUGCCGGAAGCUCGCCGGCGAUCACUACCAGAACGGCUGCACGGGCGGCGGCACCCAGUGCGGAUACGCCGUCGAGUACGGGGACGGUUCCAAGACGCGGGGCGUGUACAGCGACGAGACGCUAACCCUCGCGCCCGGGGUCACCGUCAAGGAUUUCCAUUUCGGCUGCGGCCGCGACCAGCGCGGCGACAAUGACAGGUACGACGGGCUCGUCGGUAUGGGCAUCACCUCCACGUCGCUCGUCGUGCAGACGUCCUCGGUCUACGGCGGCGCCUUCUCGUACUGCCUCCCGGCGCGGAACAGCGAGGCCGGGUUCCUCUCUCUCGGCGCGCCGCCGGGCGCCGCCAACGCGACGGGCUUCGCGUUCACGCCGAUGAGGCGCCUCCCCGGAGUGGCGACGUUCUACAUGGUGACGCUGGCCGGCAUCAGCGUGGGCGGGGAGGAGCUCGACGUCCCGCCGUCGGCGUUCCGGGGAGGCAUGAUCAUCGACUCCGGCACGGUGGUCACCGGCCUCCCGCACACCGCGUACAACGCGCUGCAGGCAGCGUUCCGGAAGGCCAUGGCGGCGAACCCGCUGCGGCCCAACGGUGACCUCGACACCUGCUACAACUUCACUGGCUACAGCAACGUCACCGUGCCGAAGGUCGCCUUCACGUUCAGCGGCGGCGCCACCGUCGACCUCGACGUCCCCAGCGGGGUCCUGCUGGAGGACUGCCUCGCUUUCCACGAGUCGGGGCCGGACGUGGGCCUCGGCAUAAUCGGGAACGUGAAUCAGCGCACGCUCGAGGUGCUCUACGACGCCGGCCGUGGUAAGGUCGGUUUUCGGGCCGGCGCCUGCUGA